GGCGGACCGGGGCCGCCAUGGGGCCGGCGGGAGGUCGGUCCGGCUUUUACGUGGGGCUGGGGCUGGCUUUGGCUUCCAGCGCCUUCAUCGGGGGCAGCUUCAUCCUGAAGAAGAAGGGGCUGCUCCGGCUGUGCGGCCGCGGUCGCCCCAGGGCAGGGCACGGAGGACACGCGUACCUGCGGGAGUGGCUGUGGUGGGCAGGGCUGCUGUGCAUGGGAAUUGGAGAAGCAGCAAAUUUUGCUGCCUACGCCUUUGCCCCUGCAACGCUGGUAACUCCGCUGGGUGCUCUGAGUGUCCUCGUUAGUGCGGUUCUGUCUUCCACCUUCCUGAACGAGCAGCUGAAUGUUCAUGGCAAGAUUGGCUGUGUCCUAAGCAUUCUGGGCUCCACAGUGAUGGUAAUCCACGCUCCCCAGGAAGAAGAGGUUUCCAGCCUGGAGUCAAUGGCAGAGAAGCUGAAAGAUCCAGGAUUCAUUGUAUUUGCUGUGUGUGUCCUGGUGAGCUCCCUUCUGCUCAUCUUUGUGGCUGGACCCCGUUACGGACGGAGCAACGUCCUGGUUUAUGUUCUGGUCUGCUCCGCCAUCGGCUCACUUUCCGUAUCGUGUGUCAAAGGCUUGGGGAUUGCCCUGAAAGAACUGUUUGCUGGGAAGCCAGUCCUGAAAGAACCGCUGGGCUGGGUGCUCCUGGUGUGCCUGGUGAUCUGCAUCAGCGUGCAGAUCAACUACCUGAACAAAGCCCUGGACAUCUUCAACACGUCCGUGGUCACUCCCAUUUACUACGUGCUGUUCACCACAGCAGUCAUGACAUGUUCUGCCAUCCUCUUCAAGGAGUGGCAGCACAUGGUGCUAGACAACAUCAUUGGCACCAUCAGCGGCUUCCUCACCAUCGUGUCCGGCAUCUUCCUCCUUCAUGCCUUCAGAGACGUGCCCUUCAGCCCCGACCUCCUGCCCCUCUUCCUGCAGCAAGGCAGGGCAGACCUGCACACGGCUUGGAGGAGCACAGACAGACAUCAGUCGUGUCAGCACCAGCCUCUUCUGCCCUCUGAGGACAAAAGCUCUCAGAGCACAGAAGAGGAAGAAGGUGAAAGCGUAUGAGGAAGCUUCUGAAGUGCUGUCAGCUCCAAGCAGCGAGCAGCUCCUCCAUGCAGGGUUGAACUUGCUGCAUUGGAUGCUGCUAGGUACUUCUGUGCGUGCGGGAGCUAGCAGUUGCCUUCUGCCUGCCUUGGGUGUGUGAUCAGUGUGACCUCCCACUGUCUGGAAUCUGGCAGGGACUGCAGCCUCCUUCAUUGUUACAGACAUGAGUGUUGAGGACGGCCCUGCUGCCGGGACCCAGUGCCUCUUCAACUGUUCUUUUAUGAGCGAUUGAUCUGCCCUUGCCAGGACAUACGCUUCGGUUGCACAGAGGCCUGCAGCACUAACAGUGCUAACCCUUACUGAAGGCAAAGACUGCUCAUCUGGGGAAGCUUCCGAGCAUUUUUUUAAAGAGUACUUAGAUUAUUUUGUGACUGUUAAUCUUCUAACAUGGUGCUGAGAUGAUGUGGAUAGAAGACAAAAGUGCCUGGCCUUAAAGAUGACAUACCCAGAGUAGUACUUCAAAAAUCCUUCUGUAAACUGCUUGUUCAGCUCACUGUUAGAAUUUAUUUACAGGUUCACAUCCAAGAGCAGAAUACAGCCAAGACUGGAGAACUUCA